AAAUUAAAUAGGUACUAUAAAAAAACGUAUUUUCAGCAGUGAAUUAAAAUAAAAGUUGAUUUACUUGGUGCAAAUUAAACAGCAAGUGUUAUUUGAAACAAAAUAACAUCAAUACACUAUGGUCAAUCCGAGUUUAGCAUAUGAGAUUCUUUUGUAUAUAAAUUCAUUUUAUUUUGGACUCUUCUCAACAUGUGAGCUGGGCGCUCUCGUACUGAAGUCUUUUCUUAUUAGUGGAAAUUAUAAAAUUGUCGAACAAGGUUAUAUAUUGAUUGGAAGAGAUUAUGGUGUGCUCAUUGGAUUAUUUAUCGUAGAAGCAGCCAGAUUGUUUCUUGGAAGGAAGGGUAGCCUUAGUGAAAAAGAUCCUCCAGUGAUGUUUUCAGUGUUCCUAACACUACCUUCUAUUGGUGGGGUGCUAUUUCUCUUGCACUGGCAACAAGUAGUACUUCGGAUUGAGUAUAUAUGGUGUACCUUGAUGCUGUUAUUGCAGUUAGCCGAGUUUGUGUUUGCGUGUGUGUUCAUAGUCACCAUGUGUCGGGGCCCCUCUUAUGACUGAGUAGCCAAUCAAAUCAUACCGCUACCACCAGAGACGAAUCAGGAUGGAACUAAAACUACAUGUAUUGUAAUUUGUUAUCAAACAAAUUUGAUACCUUUUACAUACUAUAUAACACUAACCAAUUGUAUGAAAAGUUUGAAAAGCGUCUAGUUUUAUCAGCAGUAUACUUAAGAAGAGUUUUUAUGAGUAGGUAAUUUUAUAUGACCAUCAAUAUAUUUUUACUAUACAGCUUGACUAUAAAUUAUCUAACGGGAACAAAUCAAAUUAUUUUAUGAAAUAUUUUCCCCCCUCGGCCACCAGUGGACUUGGUCACUUUUUCUUUUGUGUAUGAUAUCUAUUUCAGUUUAUAAAUUAUCUGUCUUUUCUAUAGACCGUUUCUUUACAUGUAUAGUCUAAAUAGAAAGGGAAGUACAAAAAUAUGGAAGUAUAUUUGAUGCAAAUCUGAGAAAUAAAGAACUUCCAUAAUAUAACCUAACGUUUCUACCUAAUUUUUUUGGAAUAUUAUUCUAUGUUAAAUUAAUAUCUUAAUAUUUAAGUAAUUUUUCAUAAGAAGCUAUAUUUCUAAAAAUAUUUAUAAAAUCUUUUUACGGUUUAGUGCUCCAAUUAUAUUUACAGAACAGAAUGUGUAAUUCAGUUUACAUAACAUUUUAUGUACUUAUGCAGUAUGAAGAUGAAAGAAACAGGAGAUUCUACUCUUAUCACAAGUUUCUACAUUGAUAUAGAUAAAGUAGUAUCUUCCUCUUGCCAAUAUUUAGAAUUUUAGAUUAUAUUUGUAUCACAAAUGUAAGACACAGAGAUAAUCUUUGUGCUAACAAAAAAAUCACAGUGUGUUUUUAUGGUGUGCUAUUUUAAUACUAUGCAUUUGAUGUUAAAAAAUAUGUUUAUAGGAGUUUUUACUGUAAGUUCCUCAGUGUGUUACCUACCUUUUUAUGCUCUCUAUCUUCAUGUUUUAAUGAGUAAAGUUAACUUUGUGCCACUAGAUUUCGCCAAUCACUAUUUUAUUGGAGGUUUAGAUGGGUAUUUUAUUCAACCCAGAGAUAGGUAAAUGUAUACUGGGCUAGACUGAGGUCUGUAGAUUGUCAAAUAUACUGUUAGGUAUGCUGGAUCAAAUAUUGAAUUGUUAUAAUCUUUGAUAAUUUUAGCUUAAGGUGCAUUCAGUCUUAAAUCAGGGAGCUGGUGGGUUUAAAGUUCUAGGCUAGGCUCCGCCACUGGUCUCUAGUCCAAAUAAUAAAUGAUGCGUAGCCUGAACACAGGCAGCUUUAGGCCUGCCCAAAAGAAACGGAAGUGAUAUUGUGGCCUUUUGAUAGAAAUUAUACACCUAUUCAAGGAUUGUUAUUUAUCAAAACCUUCCAUUGUGUAUUAGAUUUUUAUAGAACCAAAGAUUUAUCAAAGGAGAUUGCCCUCUUAUUUACUUAAGAUAUUGUGUGUGUAUUUACAUAAGCUUUAGACACCUAGCACUUAUAUUAUAUUGUAUUGUAAUACAGCAAAUCUGAAAUGAAAUAUUGAUUUUUUAUUUCAUUUCAUUUAUUUAGCAUAUAUAAGCAUUAGUGUUAUACCAAAGCGCUUA